AUGGGUAGUUAUAUCUCGUCGCCACAAGUUCUCUCGCGAAAGGUGUCGGGUCAAUUUCAAGUCGGGUCCAAGGAUUUGAUGAUCGACGGCACUGUUCUGGGUGAUCGUGGACUCUUCAUGCGACUCUAUUUCCCAACGGACUCUGAGGUGAUCGGGGAUUUCGAAAAACAAAGACGACAAAUCGCAUUUUCCCUUUUUCUUAUCGCCGAAACCGAAAACGCGAAGUUUUGGUUUCGAAUGAGAAGAAUGUCAGAUAAAUGGCGUGAUUUUCUUGCCAUUAUCUGUACUCAUCAAUAUUAAUCAGAGUGCUUUGGUUAAUUUGAUAAGAUACGGGAAUACCGACGAAGGGAAUGUCUUUUUAUUUUGCAGGCCACAGACAUUUUGAGAUUCCCACUAUGGCUUCCUCGAGCACAAUAUGCACACGGACUCGGUGAAUACUUGGGACAAUCGCCACAAAAAAUGAAUCUGAUCACAUCUGCAAUUGUUGGAGAGAAAAGGUCCGCUCCGAGAGCAAGAAGUGCUUCAAUUGCCAUCAAUUUUCAGAGAGGACUGCAUUGAGAAUGCGCAACUGUCGACGAAAAGUGACAAAUGGCCGAUUGUCGUCUUCUCGCAUGGGCUCGGCGGCUCGCGCACAUUCUAUUCCACCUAUUGCACUUCGCUCGCUUCCCACGGAUACGUCGUUGCAGCUGUAGAGCAUAGGUAUGGGAUUUUGGCUCCGGCAAGAUGAGAGGGAUCAUGUUGCAAUUCUCUUGCAGGGACCAGUCCGCUUGCUGGACUUAUCAGCUGACGGAGAAAAACGGAGAGUUGGUCGAGCAGCCGAUCAAGAUUAAACUCAUCGAAAAGAACGAGAAGAAUGAGUUCAAGAUCAGAAAUCAACAGGUUUGCAGAGCAAGGGAUCAUUGAAAAACAAAUCAGUUCCACUCAUUUCAGGUCGGAAAACGAGUUACAGAAUGUGUGAAAGCUCUGAAUGUUCUGGAGCAACUGAACUUGGGCGCGCUACCCGAAAAAGUUCUGAUCGGAUCUGAUUUCGAUUGGGGUCGCUUCAAGAACAAGCUCAUUAUGUCGACGGCCGCAAUCAUCGGACACUCUUUUGGAGGUGCCACUUCAUUGGCCUCCUCCGCGUACACCACAGAUUUCCAAGUGAGACAUCCGUCGAGAAAACAUCGGGAAAACAUGUCGUAUUUUUCAGAAAGCCAUCGUUUUAGACGGCUGGAUGUUCCCGCUCGAUUCGACGCACCAAGAACAAGCAAAACAACCGACAAUGUUCCUGAAUAUCGGAGAUUGGCAAUGGAAUGAGAACCUCGAUGUUAUGAAGAAAAUCUUGCCGCACAACGAAGGCAAUCUUCUUUUGACCAUCAACGGAGGUGUUCAUCAGUGCUUCUCGGACUUUCCCUUUGUUUUCCCGAUGUGGUUGGCAAAAAAAUUUGGAGUUCAGGUAAAUAUUAGAUAGAUGAUAAAUGAUGCCAAUAGUUUCGUUUCAGGGUCCAACCGAAUCUUCCCUUUGCAUUCAAGCAGCUAUCGAACUCUCGCUUGCGUUUUUGACUUACGGAAAAAAGGGCGCUCAGGAUUUGAAAGACGCAAAGUUCUCCAAUUUUAUCACUAAUGAAAUUUAUGGACGAGAAAAAUUCAAACUCUAA